CUUCAACAUCACUCGCACUCGAACUGUCCGAUUUCCAACAUCCCCCCUCUUCGGCUGCUAGAAGACAAGAAGACGAGACGGAAUAUUUGCGAGACUUUCUUUCAUCACUAGCUUCUUACUUAUACAGAAAAAUUCAACAUGUACCGCCAGUCUUUCGUACCGCCGCCGGCGCAGUCACCUCCACUCCACCAUCCUGUGCCUCAACAUGUGUCUACCGUUCCCAUGAUGCGCUCGCCUCCUCCCCCAGCAUCCCAGCAACCCCAGUCAUCUGGAUAUGGCAAUCCUUAUCAGCCCUCUCCUGCGCAGGGCGGCAGCGGAACAUAUGCGCCUGGUUUUAGUGGGUUCAUCAGUGAUCCCACAGCGCAGAUGGGAUUCCAGGUUGGGAAGACGGCGAUGGCUGCUGGCCAGGAGUAUAUGGAACAGAACUUCAAUCGCUAUGUCUCCAUUCCAGCUCUCAAGCAUUACUUCAACGUAUCGAACUAUUACGUCCUGAACAAGCUCGCACUCGUGCUCUUUCCCUGGCGACACAAGCCUUGGUCUCGUCAGCAAGCACGUCUAACAACAUCGCCGGCCGGUCCUAAUGGUCAGAUUGCACAGCAACAAUACUCAUCCAUGUUCCUCCCCCCUCGUGACGAUCUGAACUCUCCAGAUAUGUACAUCCCUGUGAUGGCACUCGUCACCUAUAUUCUUCUUUCAGCGGUGCUGGCGGGAUUCCGAGGUCAUUUCCAUCCGGAGCUACUUGGCUCGAUAACUACGACGGCUAUUGCGGUCAUAGUUUUUGAAAUACUGUGUCUCAAGCUGGCCAUGUACAUUCUCAGCAUCAACAAUGAAUCUCAGCUGUUGGACCUUGUGGCAUACUCUGGCUACAAGUUCGUUGGCAUCAUUGCAACUCUGGUUAUGUCCGAGAUCUUGACGCCAGGAAGGGGAACUGGCGGUUGGGUUGGCUGGGUUGUGUUCGUUUACACAUUCCUCGCCAAUGCUUUCUUCUUGCUCCGCUCGUUGAAGUACGUUCUUCUCCCAGACUCAACCAGUGAUGCGUCCAUGCGCGCCGGUUCGAUGCAUACAGUUGCCCGUUCGCAGCGCAAUCGUCGAACUCAGUUCCUGUUCAUCUACUCUUAUGUCAUCCAAUUCAUCUUCAUGUGGGUGCUGAGCCGCGAGGGCCCAGCUACUGCUGCCUCAGCGGCUGCAAAGGGUGCCGGGUCGCUGUCAUGAUUCCAUUUGAUGACAGCGAAGUUGCAUAUAAUAAUGACAUAGACGGGCUUCAUGAAAAGCAAGCAGUCUCUUAUGACGGCGUCGACCGUAGGUCUUCGCUUGCCGGUGUUCAUUGCGAUCUGUAUGUACUAGUGAGGUUCAAUACCAUAAUGAAUUUCUUUGAG